AUGGACGGCCACGGGACGCCGGUCGAAAGGGCGGCGCGCGUCGGCAGCGCCGUCUUGACGCCCCACUCUGCACCUGGGCACAAGGGCGGCAGCAAGCGCAAGGGCAUGAAGCGUUCGUCCAGCGCGCCCAACUGCAACAGGCCUUCCAUUCUGCCCAUCAAAGUCGGCAUCUGUGCAAUGGACAAGAAGGCCACGUCCAAGCCUAUGCGCGAGAUCACAGGGCGCCUCACCCAGGCGGGCGAGUUCGAAAUCAUUGUGUUUGGCGACAAGAUCAUUCAGGAGGAGCCGGUCGAGAAGUGGCCGCUGUGCGACGUCCUGCUGAGCUGGCACAGCGACGGCUUCCCGCUACGCAAGGCGCAGGCGUACGCGGCGCUGCGGCGGCCGUUCAUGGUGAACGACGUCGGCAUGCAGGACAUGCUGCUGGAUAGGCGGCGCGUGUACAAGCUGCUGCAGGACUCUUCCAUCCCCGUGCCGACCCACAUCGUGGUGUCCCGCGACCGCCUGCCGCCUGGCGAGGCGGACCCCCCCGGCUUCCUGGAGGGGGAGGACUACGUUGAGCUCGACGGCGUGAGGAUAGAAAAGCCGUUUGUGGAGAAGCCCGUCAGCGGGGAGGACCACAACAUCUACAUUUACUACCCCCACUCCAUGGGCGGUGGCGUGAAGCGCCUCUUCCGCAAGGUGGAGAACAAGAGCGCCGACUACGACCCCAACCACCCGGGGACGGUGCGGCGCCUGGGCAGCUUCAUCUAUGAGCAGUUCCUCACGACAGGCGGCACGGACGUCAAGGUGUACACUGUGGGGCCGCGCUACGCGCACGCGGAGGCUCGCAAAAGCCCCGUGGUGGACGGCAAGGUCAACCGCGACGCCGAGGGCAAGGAGGUGCGCUUCCCGGUGCUGCUGUCCCCCCAGGAGAAGGAGAUCGCCCGCAUGGUCUGCGCCGCGUUCGGCCAGCGCGUCUGCGGCUUCGACCUGCUGCGCAGCGAGAACGGCCGCUCCUACGUGUGUGACGUCAACGGCUGGUCGUUCGUGAAGAACAGCAAGAAGUACUAUGACGACACGGCGGACGUGCUGCGCACGAUGAUCCUGAGCCAGCUGGCCCCCCACCGCCUGGCGGCCAUCAUCCCCGAGCCCCUGCGCCAGCUGAGGCUGCCCGAGGAGUGCGGCCACGCGCCCGAGGAGGGCUGCAGCUGCGCGGAGGAGCAGGCGGCGGCGGAGGCCGCGGCGGGCAUGCGGGAGGUCGCGUCGCUGCAGGACAUGGCGUCUAUGGGCGAGGAGGAGGCGCUGGACGACGACGACAGCAGCAGCACCAACUUUGGCGGCGAGCCCAGCAGCAACCGCUUCCUGGAGCUGCGGUGCGUGCUGGCGGUGGUGCGGCACGGCGACAGGACGCCGAAGCAGAAGAUGAAGAUGCCGGUGACACAGCCUGCCAUGCUGGAGCUGUUCAACAAGCACAAGGACUCCAAGGGCAAGCAGGCGAAGCUCAAGAGCCCGCUGCAGCUGCAGGAGCUGCUGGAUGUGACGCGCCAGCUGCUGGCCGACAUGGAGCGCCAGCAGAAGGCCGCCGCCCGCGGGCCUGACGGCGGCGCGGCCGGCGAGGAGGAGCGCGACCAGCUG